GGGGGCGUAACCCGGAAGAAUUCUAUCAUCUGGUCCCACGACAACACGUUGCUCGUGUGAGACAGGCUAGUCCUUCGGAUGAACGCUUGAUUUUAUGAAGCUGGUUUGUAGUAUUGCUCCUGUAUUAGUAAAUAUAUCUAGAGGAGUUCACGGUUCAGUCGCAGCUCGUCGGAUCAGAGCAGAGAUGUGUAAAGAGCUCAAGACUAAAGUGUUACGUCUGUUACCGCCGACCUCCAACGGACCGACAGUCCAUCGGGACGAAACAGAUGGUGCUGAAAUCCUGAGUUACACAGUAAAGGCUCUGAAAGAGGGUCACAUUGUUGCGGUGCCCACAGAUACCAUCUAUGGCCUGGCAUGUCUGGCCCAAAACUCCGACGCCGUCAGAAAAACGUAUGACACAAAAGGACGAAAUGGACAGAAGCCGCUGGCCAUCUGUGUAGGGGAAAUUCAGGAUAUCUAUAAGUACUGCAAGGUGAAGGUGAAAAAAGAGCUGUUAGGUGACCUGCUCCCCGGUCCUGUCACCCUGGUGUUUGAAAGGUCUGAAGAACUGAACACAGACCUGAACCCCUUUACCUCACUUGUAGGUGUACGUAUCCCAGAUCAUCCCUUUAUGAGGCAACUUUGUCAGAUGUGCGGGGAACCACUCGCACUCACAAGUGCCAACAUCAGCUCACAGACCAGCACAGUGGAAGUACAUGAGUUCCAGGAGCUCUGGCCCAAACUAGCUGUGGUUGUGGAUGGUGGACCGAUAGGAGACCAGAGCCGCCUCGGAUCAACAGUAGUCGACCUGUCAGUACUCGGCAAAUACAGGAUCAUCAGACCAGGCUGUGCCCUUUCUUCUACGGUUGAUGUGCUCAAGCACAAAUAUGGACUGUCAGAGCACUCGGGGGAAGAAUGACCUUUGAACUCUCCACACUCCAAAAAUCACGCACAACCAGCUCUGACCCGGGGCUACUUGGGAGGAGAUGAAUCCGUGAAUCAGCCUUUGCCGGGGAAGACUGUAUCUCAGGAGGACUGAAACUGCUGAUGGACGAUUUUGUUCCAGUGGCAGCUUCAAAGUCUUGGGUAUCUUUUUCUUAUGUCUUAGAUGAGCAUAUUUUGUUUGUGUUUCUGUCAUGACAUUAUUUGGGAGUUUAAGCUUUUAACUAUCAUUUAUACAGAAAUAGGUCAGCUGUAUAGUAAGUAAUGUGGUCAUGGGAGAAAGAAUGGUUUGAGCCAGCCUUUUCGCAACAUGAUCAGAGCUGUAGUAAGCACUUAUUUAA